AUUGCGCAAAACGACAUAGGAUAUAUGAUUAACGCAAAGAACAGUAUGUUAACAUGGACCAUAUGUCUUAAAUACGAUUGGAUUAUGUUAGUGAGAACAAUGGAAAAUACUGUCGACGCAGAAAGUUUGAUUUCGAUUUCUUUGAGGAAAAUUCAGAGUUCGCGGACGCAAAGAGGGGGCAUCAAGCUAUAUAAAAACCUCUUGGUUUCAUAUGUCCUAAGAAAUGCCAGGCAGGUCUGCAUAGUUGAUAAGCAAGAUGAGACUCGUCGGAAUCCCGUUGAUGGAAAUAAAUAUUUGCAUACCAUUACGAGUGACUUUAAAUCUCACAAUUCAGAUUGCAACGUGGAUUUGACUGAAGGGAUGCGAGAGGAUGAUUUUGUAACCGUGUGUGCGCGGCAGUCCCUGUCAUGGUCUGUUUGCCUACUGACGGACCAUCAACAGGAGUAUACAGAGAACGAGAUCUUUCAAACCUUCAGUGAACAAUCAUUUCCUCCUGGUUCUGACUUCUUGAAUCCAGAAUGCUGUCAGACCACGAUGUUGGACUUGGAUACGCACGUAGUGUCAACUGUGGACAGUAGCUGCCAUGUGGAUUGCUCCGGUGCGCAAACAUCUUUGCGCAACAACGUCUGGAGAAAACGAAAGGUGGACUUUGUCAACAUUGAUGAAGAACGGAUGAAUUCAAGUUCUUGUAAAAAAGAAAGACUUUAUAUUGCAUGUCCGCCAAGUGAGAAGUCGGACUCUGUCGACGUUUCCAACAUUGUCUCUAUUUUAAGUUUCAGUUUAACAGAAUUCAUGAGCAUCCAGACAGACGUAGAACAACAUAGAAACAAAACGUUUCCCAAGUCACCUGCGUCGUGUAGUGAGGCAUGGACACGAGCAAUUGAAGCAUGUUGAUUGAUUUGAUCCCUAUUGGAAAAGAGACGCCAUCAAAUGGACACACUGGUUUAGGGAACCUUUUGGUGGGUGUGGAGAGCGAGAGCGAAAGACGAGACGCAGCGCGGAGCACACACUACGAAAUGUCAACAGUUGUUACACGUGGUGACCUCAGUAAGGAAGCAUCGGGGUGAUUGUAGGCUACGUCUAUCAUCAAUGCCGUCAGUGCUUUGAAAUCUGCUGCCUGUUCUGCCGUCUGUAUGAGAUGAAACCACAAAUGCUGCAAUUGCGUUAAUGCGUAAUGGUUUUACUUUAUAAGUCGAGGGAAUGCAU